AUGAAGAGUCCCGUGCCGAUGAUGAAGCCUCCCGAAGCCGCUGCAACCUCUACAAUGAUAGCAGUGACUAACCGCACGACGACCCGUGGCCAAGGGUCAAAUGCCAAGAAGAUCGUCACCAUUGCGGUAGCGCUGUUCCUCACUAGCGGAGCCCUGCUGAUGAUCGUGACAUGGGUCAAGUCGCAAGCCACCAUAGUGUUCUGCGACUCGGCCGAUUGCCUGAGGCAUGUCAAUGAGCUCAAGGAGGCCAUGGACACUAGCGUCGACCCCUGCAACGACUUCUACAAGUUCACGUGCGGCUCCUGGAAGCCGAAACAGAGAGAGAAGUCCAUGGUCGCACGAGUAUUCGCCCACUCGACCCAAAUCGCCAUUGACGAGAUGGAAGGGCCGAGCGAGAAGGCCGUCGUGCCAAAGGCGUUGGACUAUUUCAAGAGCUGCAUCAAGCUACGCAAUAUGACGCUGACCGAUAUAGAAAGCUACAUGAGCUUCAAGCAGGGCCUCGGUUUCUUGUGGCCGGAGAAGGAACAAUCGGCCAUCGACGCACUGCUCCCGUUGCUGAACCUGACUAUCACCUGGAACAUCGAUUUACUCUUCCGACUGAAAGCCUUGCCCGCAUACAAGCGGAGGCCGCAACUGCUGUAUAUUACGCGUGGCAUAUUGGGCCCUAGGUGGUUGGAUCCCGCGUGGACGCCCCGAACGUUUGUCGAAGACGUCAGACGGCACUGCGGCGUACUCAAGAUUGAGCUGCCGUCCAUCGACUCAAGCAUCCAGGAACUGAAGAGCACCGUGGAUGACAUUCUGGAUGCCGCGUUCAAACUUCCGCCCGACGCCGCAACUGACACGCAGAUUACGCUCAAGGAGAUCGAGCGGCUGAUGCCCGAACGCGCAGACGACUGGCUCAGCAGCCUGAACAAACUUCACAGUCCCCAGUUCACGUGGACGCUGGAAAGCCCCGCCAUUCUGGAAGACGAAGCAAUACUGCGCAACGUGUACGCUCUGCUACAGAAGUACAAGGAAAAGAAGCAGACGCUCAUGGAAGGCUUCUCGUUCGUGUUCCUUCGAGCGUCCCUGUGGUUGCACGCAGGGAAACCAGAGUUGCGUUUCGGGGGCGACCUCAAAGUGCGCUUGCUCACAUGGAAGCUGAUCUGCGUCAAGUACACGACCGGCAACUUCGGCCUGCUCGUUGCGGCCCAGCACCUCUACAAACGUUACAGCAGCAGUGUGCGCGGCGAGCUCAGUCGUUUUGAGCAGAGCAUUAGGACAGCGAUCAUGCAGCAGCUGGAAGAAGCCGAGUGGAUCGAAGCCACCGUCAAGAUUAAGGCAACCGACAAAAUCGACGCGCUGACGGUAGACAGGAUGCCAGACGAGAACUUCUUCUCUGGCGUCGAACUGGCUCGGUUAUACCGGGACUUUCCAAGUAUCGGCGCCUCGUUCGUCAAAAACUACAUUGCGGUCGCCCAAGCCUACCGGCUGCUCAUCGGCCACGACAACUUCAUCAGCGUAUACUCCAAGAGGUUCGGGGGCAGCUCGCCAAGUCGAUACAACCACUACUACAAUAUCGCCUACAUACCGAUAAGCGCCAUGGAGCCUCCUAUUCUCUACCUGAAUGGCACGAUGGCUAUGAUGUACGGCAGCUUCGGCACGCUCAUCGCCGAGUGCAUGGUGCGCUCGUUCGACAAGCGCGGCGUCCUCGUCAACGAACUGGGCAAAAGCGAGCAUUGGUGGGACUCGGCGGCCUACACACAGCGAGUCAGCUGCGACUUGUUAUCCGACCCCAAGUCCGGAGGCAGUGGCACUAUCUCGGAUGCGAACACGCCGCCAGCAGGCAGCCACGACCCGCGGGAGGUUCGUUUGUCCGCCUUGUUCCCACUGGCACCGGCACUGACCACGUCGUUCAUCGCGCACCGCAGGGCUAGUACCAAAGGCGGCGUGCACGUCCAACACCGCCUGCAUGGUCUCGACGACUACACCGAUGACCAGGUCUUCUUCCUGACCUACUGCCUCAUGACGUGCGCCAGAAACAGCAGCGGCGACACGUGCAACGUGCCCCUACGACAAAUGCAAAGAUUCGCCAGCGCAUUCCGGUGCAGGCCCGGUUCACCGAUGAACCCAGUGAAGAAGUGCACUUUCUUCUCUUAA